GAUAGCCGGCUUCGGUUGACCGACAUCUUGAAGUCGCCACAAGUGACAUUUUUUUACCUGCCGCUGCAAGCUCGCUGCAUUCAGCUUCGUUGGCCUCACCGAACCAUGGCCGACUUUGAUCAAUUCGAAGCGAAUUUCGACAAUCCGCCUGUGACGGAAGAAGACCCGGCAGCGGAAUUCCUGGCGAGGGAACAAAACGUGUUGGCAGGUCUGGAAGAUGACAACUUCGGCGGUGCGCCCGUGGCGCCCCAGGAACCUGUCGUCGACGGCCCCGCCGAUGAUGUUGCAGCUGAAGUUCAGAUGAAUGGGCCUUCUCAGCCACCAACAGUUGUCCCGGAUACAUCGCCGCGACCAACUCCUGUCCGUGAGGAGCCCGAGAAGAUCAAGAAAUGGCGUGAAGAGCAAGCCAAGAGGCUCGAGCAGAAGGAUGCCGAAGAAGAAGAGAAGAAAGCUGAACUCAAAGCAACAGCAAAGAAAGAACUUGAGGAGUGGUAUGCAAGAUAUCACGAACAAAUUGAAAAGGCCAAGUUGGCAAACAGAGAAGUGUCCAAGAACGCUGAAAAAGAGUGGGUACACGAGCGUGACUCGCCCGCACCCAAGGGCCAGGAAUGGGAAGCCAUUGCCAAGCUGUGCGACUUUAAUCCCAAGGCUGCACGCAAUAGCAAGGACGUGUCUCGCAUGCGCUCCAUCAUUUUGCAACUGAAGCAGUCUCCACCACAGACAAACAAGACACCUUGAGGUGUCUAAUUCAUCAGCCUGAUACCCUUCAGUUGUACAGGAGUACUACAUGAAAUGCUAGACUGUGGAUGUGAACUGCUGGUUGAAGCAUCUGAUACUGCCUGCAAUAGAGAUGCUGUUCAAUGUCUUUCCCUUGUUUCUUUUGCAUAAUUUGAAGAACUUAUAGCGACGAACUGUGACUCGGUGUUUUUACCGUUGCUUUUUUUCAUGUAAAUUCAUUUUUCUGUGGUUUAUUGCUGUCUUAUAGUAGAGUAGUAUUUCUUGUGUAUUAUAAUGAGUAGAAAUAUUGGUUUUGUGUUAUCCGCAAGAAGUUGACUUUUGCAAAGGAAAAAUGAAAAGAAAGUUCAGGAAUUCAACAAUAGCAUAACGGAGUCGAGUCUGUGUGGAAAGUGUUGUAUAGAAAAAGCUAUUACCGAGGAAAAAAAAAAAUUUUUGUUCGUGUGCUAUGGAAAGAUGCUUCUCAUCUUUCAGAAAACUGUUAUAUAGUUUAUGAAACAGUUAUAGUUCUGAGAUAGUGAAGAGCCUUUUGAUUUAAUGAUCUUGAGCAUGGUUUUCGGCAACUUAAUUAUUUUUCAACCACUUCCGAAAGUUUUUUUUUGUUCUCAUUUGCAGCUUUGUAAUAAGCUGCUGGGGACUCGGUACAUUGAAGGCUCCUCAGUCUAGUGCGUCCUUGCUUUGCACUGUGCAUUUGAUGUUAAUGUGGAAGCAGCUGUGACCAGUGAUCGCGAGUGAUUCUACUAUUUAUGACUCGGUUCUUAAAUAAACUGAGAACAUUUCUGUUUAAGAAGUGUUUUCAUGUUCAAUGGUGUGA